AACCAAAGCAUAGCCAUUCAUUUCCAGAAGGCCAGUCUCCACCACACAGCUCAUAUCCCUUGUCCUUGUGUGCCCUCAGGUGCACCACCUUAUUAUAUGCCAGCUGCUGCACCACUUCUCAAGUCUCAACGACUGUGUCAUCAAAGAGAGGGUAGCACCUGAUCUCAUCUUUCACCUUCAGAACCAGAGCAAUGGCAUCUGCUACUCUCCUCAAGUCAUCUUUCCUUCCCAAGAAGGCUGAAUGGGGUGCCAUGCGCCAGGCUGCCACUCCCAAGCCGGUGACUGUCUCCAUGGUUGUCCGUGCUAGCGCCUAUGCUGAUGAGCUUGUCCAAACCGCGAAAACCAUCGCGUCACCAGGAAGGGGUAUCCUUGCCAUGGAUGAGUCGAACGCUACCUGCGGCAAGAGGCUUGACUCCAUUGGCCUUGAGAACACUGAGGCCAACCGCCAGGCUUACAGGACCCUCCUUGUCAGUGCCCCAGGCCUAGGACAGUACAUCUCUGGUGCUAUCCUCUUCGAGGAGACCCUCUACCAGUCAACUGUUGAUGGAAAGAAGAUUGUUGACGUCCUUAAUGAGCAGGGAAUCGUGCCUGGUAUCAAGGUCGACAAGGGUCUUGUGCCACUUGCUGGCUCCAACAACGAGUCGUGGUGCCAAGGUCUUGAUGGCCUUGCUUCACGUGAAGCAGCCUACUACCAGGCUGGUGCCCGCUUCGCCAAGUGGCGCACUGUUGUCAGCAUCCCCAACGGUCCAUCUGAACUUGCCGUGAAGGAAGCUGCCUGGGGCCUUGCCCGCUAUGCCGCCAUUUCACAGGAAAAUGGUCUGGUGCCAAUUGUGGAGCCCGAAAUCCUUCUUGAUGGUGAGCAUGGCAUCGAGAGGACCUUCGAGGUCGCACAGAAGGUGUGGGCAGAGACCUUCUACUACAUGGCUGAGAACAAUGUGAUGUUUGAGGGCAUCUUGCUCAAGCCCAGCAUGGUUACCCCUGGUGCUGAGUGCGAGGAGAAGGCCACUCCUGAGCAAGUAGCCGAGUACACCCUCAAGCUCCUCCACAGAAGGAUCCCUCCUGCCGUUCCCGGCAUCAUGUUCCUGUCUGGUGGGCAGUCUGAGGUUGAGGCGACCCAGAACCUGAACGCCAUGAACCAGAGCCCCAACCCGUGGCAUGUGUCAUUCUCCUACGCUAGGGCGCUGCAGAACACCUGCCUCAAGACAUGGGGAGGCAGGCCUGAGAACGUGAAGGCAGCACAGGACGCGCUGCUGCUGCGCGCCAAGGCCAAUUCCCUGGCACAGCUCGGCAAGUACACCGGCGAUGGUGAGGCCGCUGCCGCCAAGGAGGGCAUGUUCGUCAAGAACUACAGCUACUAAGACGAUGAUACCACUGCUGCUAGUACGUUCCUCGGGGGCACUGUAGGCAGUCUGCCAUUACAGGUUCAGCUGGAAAAGUACACUGCAAUUUCACUACUACCUUGAGGCCUGAUUACAUUUCAUUUGGAGGAAUUGGAAUCUACUUAGUGGACUAGGCUAUUUGGCUUGGAAUUUGACAUUCCACAACUUUCAAAGUUGACAUAUAAGCCUAUCUCAAAUUCAUAGGGUCGAAGAUAUAAAUUGAUUCUAUAUAGAUCACAGAAACUUGUAGCAUGCUCUUCGGCUCGCUCCCCUACUAUAGAAUGCAGCACAUAGGUAUCUGUAUCUCCCCCCUAUGGCCAACGGUCGUAUACAAUAGGGAAAUCACUUUCGUGGCACUUUGUUUCUUUCGCUGUGUCUUGUAAACAUUUUGUCACUAUUCAGUUUUCGUUAUUGAGUAGUGAAAUCACUUUCAUGGCACUUUGUUUCUUUCGCUGUCAUGGAGAUCAAUUGGUGCCAUGUGUGGCCAAUUUGCUCUUGUAAACAUUUUGUCACUGUUCAGCUCUUGUUAGUCAAUAGUGAAAUGAGUUUCAUAGCA